AGUGUGGAAACCGCCACCUAGAGCUGGUUCUUCUAUUUCCUGUUUUAGAUUCUUAUGUUACUUUUGUGUACUGUUUAUUCUUACGCUACAUAUCUUACUUCAUCUCGUUUCCGUUUUCGUUUUAGUAUCGUCACUCUCGAUACUGUGCGAUGUGAUUUCCCUGCUGGGUGGCGAAAGUUGCCACCUGGCAGGUUUUGUUUUUUUGCGCCUAGUCGCGAGGCUCGUCACGCGCGAAAUUUCUGACCUAUAAUACUGUAGCCGUCCAGUAACGUCGAAUUUGUUCUGCCACCCGUUCGGAUUUUUUUUUUUCGUCAAAGCGCGCCUGGCUUCGUCAAUGACGCGAAUCACGAGGGCCUAUUCUAUAUUUCCAGUUUCAUUGAGUUUCACCGUUUAUUUGGUUAUGGAACUUGCAAUACGCGAAACGAUGAAUUUUCGAACUUGUAGUCCCCGUAGUCAAUGAUGCAGCACGUGCAAUGAUCUAAAGAUAUAGAGUACGCCCUAAUAAGUUCGAAAACUAAUUCACAAAUUGCAAUCUAGCUGGGCAGUUUCUGAUGGAAACGAGAAAAUAGAUGGAACUUCCUUCAGAGCUGCGAGAGCCUGGCCGUUCCACCCACAUUCUCGAACUUUUCUUCCUCCUUCUCACACUCAAUCUUUCUUCUUCCUCCAUUCCUCGAUCUCACAGCUUCCUCCUCACCUCCAGCAAUUUUAUUCUAGCGUUCUAGCCAAGGCCAUCCCAUAGUUGGGUAAAGUCCUCGUUUCUUUCUUAGCAUGUCGUCAACCUCCUAGUUUGAUAAUCAUACUAGCUUUUCCCUCCUUUCUUUCCCUAGGUCCCUCUCUUCUUAUGUUCUUUGCUGUUUUCCUAACAAGUAUACAUCCUUUCACUUUUCCAAUAUCUCUCUAGGUCUCUAGGUGCUCUAGCUUGUUAAGGAACCACGGGACACAUUUCAACUCUAUUUCAAGGUACGGAUUCUACCCUCUCGCCGUGCCCUUCUCCUCUUCUCUCGUCCAUACCUUGUCUUCUUUCCGAUUUCCUGUUUUCCCCUAUUUCCCCAUGCAUUCAUUCCCUGCCCCUUCCCAUGGGGCUACAUCCCACUUCGACCUAGAUCUACAACGAUUUAUUGAGCUGCAGCCCAUUUCGACUUCCGUUUCACCGUUUUUUGCAACCCUUUAUUCUUACUUUCUUGUAUGAUUCUCUAAUUUGUGUUCACUGACUGUUUCUUGCUUUAUUUGUUGCCUUAUUUCCCGAUCCCCUUUGAUUCCCAUGGUAUUAUUGUAUAUUUGAUCCAUGAUUCCAAGCAUUCAUGAAAGUUGAAAAGUGGCUUCGUAAUGGGCUUCGGUUAAACGCCGUUCCUAUUCCAAGCUGUCCGAAUUGCAUCGUUGCUUGCCAAAAUUUUAUUGCUUGCUGAUGAUUUUCUCUUCAUGUAUGUUGUUGGCCCAAUAACAUCCAUUUACUACAUGGAUAGAACUGGAGAUAAUAAGUGCAAUAUAUUUUUCUUGCUAUUAUGAAAUUUAUUAUCCCACGGAGUGUUGUCGACAUAAUAGGCUUUCGACUUCCCCCACUUAGCUGGGGAAGUGAUAGCCUAUUUUUGUCAAUGACAAAAAUACGUCACGGGAAAAAAUGGAAACAAUGACAAACGUUUUAUAUUUAGGUAUUGAACAAUUUAUUAGGCAAGGUUUUUUUUAGUUUUGAUCAUUUUUCCAAAUCACAAACUUGAAAAAAAAUUCCUUACAAUCGAUCGCAAUAGGUUGCUCCGCAACCCAAAAACGUUAUGCCCUCGGAAGCCCAGCGGGUGAGGAAAGUGGCUCUGAUACCAAGUGUUAUGAAUGGGACUGCCGAGUAGCGCGGAGGGCAAUGGCGAAACUGUGAACCAGUGAAUGACAAUAAAAUGAAAUAACACACAAUAUAUAGAGAGCCUAGGGUGAUCCUGCACGUAGGAUCGGAAGGUUCGGGAAAAGUGUCGAAGGGCCCCGAUGUGUCGUAGCGAGGUCCGGAAAGGCCCAGGAGGCUCGAACUGAAAGGUCUGGAACCCUGGCGAUGGUUCGGGACUGUUCGAGUCGUACGCCCUGUAGCAAGCCACAGUAAGGAAUUACUCAUUCAUUACAGUAGGUUUCCAUAGACAGUAUGAACCUCCUUGCCCCCAUAGCCUCAGUGGGUAAUGUAUCAAUCUCCCCUUCGUGUUGUGCCAGACUGCGACCCUCCUUGGCCCCCAAUGUCUCCAUUGUCAGAAUAGCGCAUGUGACACAUGAGUGGGUAUUGUACCCUCUAGGAACUUGUUGUGAUAUAAUUCUUACUUAGCAUUUCUGUAAGUCAAUUAUGUGUAGAAAGUGUCGAAUCCAACUGUAGAAUAUAAGUCCGUAGGAUGA